GCAGUCAGCGUGAAGACAGGAGGAGAUAAGGGGCUGGCAAAAUCCUUGCAACCUCAGAAGGCAGAGGCUGAGCAGCACAACCCUGUGUAGAGCACACUGACCUAGGACUGAGGCACAACACACGAAAUGGAGCCCAAUAGUCCCAGGAAAAUCCAAUUUACUGUCCCACUGCUGGAGCCACAUCUGGACCCUGAGGCUGCAGAACAGAUCCGCAGACGUAGACCAACCCCAGCUACUCUCGUCUUGAGCGGUGACCAGUCAUCCCCAGAGAUAGAUGAGGAACGGAUCCCAAACCAUUUACAGAAGUCUACACUAUCCCCACACCAGAGGAAAAAAGUAACCCGUACAACACCUACCAUGAAAGAACUGCAGCUUUUGGCGGAACAUCACCUGUGCAAACAGGGCUCUGAGGACGAAGGGACCCUGCAGCGUCAAGACAGCCUGGAUGAUAGGCCUAGUCUAGGGUUUUGUUGUCAUGGUAACACAGCUCCUAUUCAAGCUUCCCAGCAGCCAAAUUCCUGCAGCUGUUUUAUGCAGGAUGGACAGCAGGAGACUAACUCACUGGAGAGGAGAAAAGAUAGUCAAACAGAUUCCUCUGAAGCAGGUUUAACUGGAAUUAAGAAGUAAGUUCACCCCACAAUACAGAUGGAUCGAAGCACUUGAAGGAGCAACAGAGUCCUUCUCGGAAAUGAUGAUCCUUUUUGUCACCUCUCUGCUGCUGGGGAAUCCUGAGUAUGCACAGAGAAUAGAGCAAUACAUUGCUGGCCCCUCUAGAAGCAAAGAAGUUAAAGAAAGCAAUGCUUUGUGUCUGAUUUGUUACUUCUGUAUGUCUUACACAGUUGACAGGCAAAUGGUGUCUCUUUACAAACUCAAUUCAGGGUGCUAUAACAGAAAGUGUGUUCAUCUUUUUGCGCCUUUAUACGAUAUUGAACUGAGUAAGGUUUUUACUAUUGCAAAAAUGCGUUUUGUGUUUGGAUUCUGCUCAGAUAACAGAAAUAUUUAAAAUUCCCACUGUUAAACCUCAUCCCAAAGAAUAUUCUGUAUUUUGUGGUUCGUUUUGGAAUAUUUGACUCAACAAACACAAUUAAACAUAGAGCACUACAACUUAUUCACGGUCACAUUUAAUACUAUAGUAAAACUGACUUUUGCCUACAAAUAAAAAUGUUGGCUCCACAUACUGGGAAGUUAGUUUGUACACAACAAAAUAAAGUAAAUGAAGCACCCACUCAUGUUUUAUAAUGUACAAUGCCUAAUAAAAUGAUGUUACUGGUUGUAAAAAUGUGCAAAAAUCCUCAUAGAUCCCAUUUGUCUUUUACAAUGUUAAACCAGGAACUUUGUUGCACAUUGAAUCUUAUAAAAUAAAAUGGUUUUUUUUUUCUCACAGUGUAAA